UGCAUUAAAUAUUAACAAUACGCACAAUAGACAUUAAUUUUAUUAUAAAUAAUUAUUUAAUAUUUAUUUAAAUAUAUACUUUUUUUAAUUAACAAUUAAACAUGCGGGAAAUUGUUCAUCUUCAAGCCGGUCAGUGUGGUAAUCAAAUUGGUUCCAAGUUCUGGGAAAUUAUUUCUGAUGAGCAUGGUAUUGACCCAACUGGACAAUAUACCGGAACGAAUGAUUUGCAACUUGAAAGAAUCAAUGUUUACUACAAUGAAGCUGGAAACAAUAAAUAUGUACCACGCGCAAUUCUCGUUGAUUUGGAACCAGGUACCAUGGACUCAAUUCGCAGUGGUCCUUAUGGACAAAUAUUCAGACCUGAUAAUUUUGUUUUUGGUCAAAGUGGAGCAGGUAACAAUUGGGCCAAAGGUCAUUACACAGAAGGUGCUGAAUUAAUUGACUCUGUUAUGGAAGUUGUACGUAAAGAAUCAGAAGGUUGUGAUUGUCUUCAAGGUUUUCAAUUAACACAUUCACUUGGUGGUGGUACUGGUUCUGGUAUGGGUACACUUUUGAUAUCAAAAGUACGUGAAGAAUAUCCUGAUCGUAUUAUGAAUUCAUUUAGUGUUGUACCAUCACCAAAAGUAUCUGACACUGUUGUUGAACCAUACAAUGCAACUUUAUCUGUUCAUCAACUUGUUGAAAAUACUGAUGAAACAUUCUGUAUUGACAAUGAAGCACUUUAUGAUAUUUGCUUCAGAACACUUAAAUUAACAUCACCAACAUAUGGUGAUCUUAAUCAUUUAGUAUCAGUAACAAUGUCUGGUGUAACAACAUGUUUAAGAUUUCCAGGUCAGCUUAAUGCUGAUCUUCGUAAAUUAGCUGUUAACAUGGUACCAUUUCCACGUUUACAUUUCUUUAUGCCUGGUUUUGCACCAUUAACAGCAAGAGGUAGUCAACAAUAUCGUGCAUUAACUGUACCAGAAUUAACACAACAAAUGUUUGAUGCUAAAAAUAUGAUGGCUGCAUGUGAUCCAAGACAUGGACGUUAUUUAACUGUUGCUGCUAUAUUCAGAGGACAAAUGUCAAUGAAAGAAGUUGAUGAACAAAUGCUCAGUGUACAACAAAAAAAUAGUGCAUUCUUUGUUGAAUGGAUUCCAAAUAAUGUCAAGGUUGCUGUAUGUGAUAUUCCACCAAAGGGAUUAAAAAUGUCAUCAACAUUUAUUGGAAAUUCAACAGCAAUUCAAGAAAUUUUCAAACGUAUAAGUGAACAAUUUACUGCCAUGUUUAGACGCAAGGCUUUCUUACAUUGGUACACUGGUGAAGGUAUGGACGAGAUGGAAUUCACCGAGGCCGAAAGUAACAUGAAUGAUUUGGUUUCUGAAUAUCAACAAUAUCAGGAAGCAACUGCUGAGGAUGAAGACAACUUUGAAGACGAAGAAGUCAUGGAAGAAGAAGCUUAGGAAAAUCCUUGUUAAUACUUUCCAUGUAAUGAAAUAUUCAUAUUGCGAUAAAAAAAAGAAAAAAAAAUCCUUUUUUUUUAUCUAUCUGUUUAGCAAUAAUUUAUUAUUGUUAAUUUAAAAUAAAAAUAACCGUAAAGUCUUA